UUUCACGGAUGCAUGACCUGCAGGAAACGCAAAGUCCGCUGCAGAGGAGGCAAUCCGUGCCAGAACUGCGUGCGGCUAAAAGCAACCUGCGUCUCUUCGUUUGAUAGUAAUCUACGAAUGUCAUUAGGGGAUCCUCGGACCAGCCAAAAACGCGAUCUUGCAAGCACGCCUCAUCAAGAGCCAUCACCGCUCAACGUGAAGCCAGAUGCUAUUGGAGAACCCAAUGACAGUCAACAGCAGUAUAGCCCACCCGACUUAGACCAUUCGCUUCCCUCAGUUACCUUGAAUUAUAUGCAAUUGGACAGUAAAUGGCAAACAAGAUCAAAUCCUCGCCCAGAAAAUCCACUUCCACAGCCGAUACUGCACUCAGUCAAUUAUGGCCUGGAUUUCGAUAGCAGCCAGCAAUCUGAUGGUGGCCUCCCUGGGUUCAAUGCCUUCCACAUCUCAGAGCUAUCGGAUUUUGAUUUCUCUUUUGAUCCCAUCUUCAACAAAGACAUAGAAUUUCCCAGUUGGCCAGAUGCAGCACUCACAAUGGACGGCUUAGACCAACCAGCUUUUAACAAGGGAAGUGAGACUUCGGCACAGAGUGCGGUUGGUUCAACUUCACACCACAAUAAACGUUCCAGGAAUGUUAGUGCACCAACAGAGUCAGCUGAAACUCCUGCGCCAUAUAUGGAUCAAGAUGCUGCUUAUUUAGCUCAUUUUGAGCGGUGGAUUACCAGAUGUGGCUACUCACUCAAGGAGGAUGGCAAAGGAAAUUAUCUUCGAUUUGUCCUCGACUACGUUCAGAACGAGCACUGCAGUACCGAAUCUCCCUUUCGGUAUGCAGUAUUGGCCUGGACAGCCAAACACUUGGCCAAAAUCUCUGUAUCCCACGACAAAACAUGGAAGUCCUAUUGUAUUCGAGCAACUGAAGGUCUCAGCCGUAUAUCAUGCUGCGUCGACUCACAUAAAACUUCAGAGACUAGGUCGACUUCAUCCGGUGUCCAAUCAGCUAUCUCAUCCAAAGCCGAAAUCACCAUAGCUUCUUUAUUAUUCCUUUGCAGGUGCGAUGUUUUAAAUGGCGAUGCUACUUCAAUUCUUCAUCGCUUAGAUCAUUUCAAGGAGCACCUGACAUGCCAUCUAAACGAUGGUCCUCUCUCUGCCUUGGCAUGCAAGUUUCUUUUAUGGCUAUGCUACAUCGAUGUUCGCCUGAGAAUAUUCUCGACUCUAGCACCGCCGACCUAUGAUGGCAGAAACACUCCUAUAACCACACUGCUUGAUGCCCUUAUUCAUCAUCCCAGUUACGAUCACAUUUUGUCGCAUUCACAUUCUUAUGGGUUCGAAACUUUUGGUCAAACAUAUCCUCCUGAGGAAUUAGUGCAAGAUGUGAAGAAGAUACCCGUUUCAGUACGAAUUCAUGAAACAUUCUGCCUUAUUUCCAAUAUGCUCCAAUACCGAUCAUGGAAAUAUCUAGCAGAGCAAAGAACCGAUUUCACUGUACACCGGGAGCUGGCGGAAGCUAAAGAAGCGGCCAUAAAUCUUGAUAUACGGCGGAUGGAUACAGAAUUCGAUCUUGCAAUAGCAACCAAUCCAGCUGCAAAUGCGUUAUGUGGUGUUGUUGCAGGCGUUGGGCACAACACUAUUAAGAGCAAUCCCACCAGCCAUACGGCUAACGGUAUCGCCAAUUACAACUCCCCUACGCUCGCGGCACCAGCUUCAACUAUCAGCCUUGACGCUGCCUCUAAUGAUCGAGCCUCAUUGCAAUGGCUGUCUUGCUAUGCAGCAUUCUUAGCAGCCAAGGUUCUAUGGUCGCGAUUUCUAUACACCUCGAUCCGUAGCGAUUCGACUGCCACGAUAGCAACAAGCGGCAUACUGAAGAUUGCUCUACGUCUGCGAGAGAUUCAUCGUAAGAGCAGAUUGGCUUCGUCAAUGAAGAUACCUCGAUCAAUGUUAUGGCCUCUACCUGUUUUUAUUGCUGGGAUAGAGACGACUGACGAGAUAUACGCGGAUUGGAUAUCGGAGUUUAUGGAUGAAAUGGGCUCAUCAAUGAACAAUGCUGAGAAAGGUCGUGAUAAUAUUGGAGAUCACAAAAGCGAUUCAACUGAAGACAAGACGAGCAGUUUAACCGACCAGAAACUAAUACUAAUGCUCAUGAAGCGGGUUCGAGAGAAGCAACAUCUUUUGGAUUGUCGUGUGGAUGUUCAGAAAGUUAUGAGUGAGAUGAAAGGUGUUGAUGACAUAUUUCUGUUAUAGGGCCCAACUACUCUUCGGAAGAUCAAAAGACUACUUUCAGAUGUAAUUAUCAACCUGUUGUAAUGUCUUGGGCAAUGUCCUAUCUCACUUUUUAUCCAUGUUUUCAUGUCGGCAGGCCUCUUCG